UGGAGCUCCACGCACACUCUGCGCCGGUACCAUGAGCAGCAAGAGCUGCAGCUUGUCUCCCCAGCUUCAGGACUGCAGUACCAUAGCCACUGAGGACACGGCAUGGCGGGGGGAAGGAAAGGACUUGUUGCCCCUCAGAAUACUUUUUUGGAAAAUAUUGUCAGGCGUUCUAAUGACACAAAUUUUGUGCUUGGGAAUGCCCAGAUAGUGGACUGGCCUAUUGUAUACAGUAAUGAUGGAUUCUGCAAACUGUCUGGAUACCAUCGAGCAGAGGUUAUGCAAAAGAGCAGUACUUGCAGUUUCAUGUUUGGAGAGUUAACAGACAAAGAAACAAUUGAAAAAGUACAGCAGACAUUUGAAAACUAUGAGAUAAACUCAUUUGAAAUCCUUAUGUACAAAAAGAACAGGACACCAGUGUGGUUCUUUGUGAAAAUUGCUCCAAUUCGAAAUGAGCAAGAUAAGGUGGUACUAUUUCUUUGUACCUUCAGUGAUAUUACAGCAUUCAAGCAACCCAUUGAAGAUGACUCAUCGAAAGGCUGGGGUAAAUUUGCUCGUCUGACAAGAGCCCUUACAAGCAGCAGAGGUGUUCUACAGCAGCUUGCUCCUACUGUACAUAAGGGAGAAAGUGUUCAUAAGCAUUCACGGCUGGCUGAGGUGUUACAGCUUGGGUCUGAGAUCCUUCCACAAUACAAGCAAGAGGCACCAAAGACUCCUCCACAUAUCAUCUUGCAUUACUGCGCAUUCAAAACUUCCUGGGAUUGGAUAAUCCUGAUUCUGACUUUCUACACUGCAAUCAUGGUUCCAUACAAUGUCUCCUUCAAGACCAAACAGAACAAUGUGACUUGGCUGGUUGUUGACAGUAUAGUUGAUGUAAUCUUCUUAGUAGACAUUGUCCUCAAUUUUCAUACCACCUUCGUUGGGCCAGCAGGAGAGGUCAUUUCAGACCCAAAGCUCAUCCGUAUGAAUUAUUUGAAGACCUGGUUUGUUAUAGAUCUUCUCUCCUGUCUGCCAUAUGAUGUCAUCAAUGCAUUUGAAAAUGUGGAUGAGGGCAUCAGCAGUCUCUUCAGCUCACUGAAAGUUGUUAGGCUUCUUCGCUUGGGUCGAGUAGCUCGGAAGUUGGACCAUUACAUUGAAUAUGGAGCAGCUGUAUUGGUACUGCUUGUGUGUGUUUUUGGGCUUGCAGCACAUUGGCUGGCUUGCAUCUGGUAUAGCAUUGGGGAUUACGAAGUCAUUGAUGAAGAAUUAAACAGGAUCAGAACAGAUAGCUGGCUCUACCAAUUGGGAGAAACCAUUGGAAUGCCGUAUCACUUUAAUACAAGUGGGACUGAAAAAUGGGAAGGUGGACCAAGCAAAGACUCUGUGUACAUUGCUUCACUCUACUUUACAAUGACCAGCCUCACCAGUAUUGGAUUUGGUAAUAUUGCUCCCACAACCGAUGGUGAGAAGAUUUUUGCUGUGGCUAUGAUGAUGAUUGGCUCUCUCCUGUACGCAACCAUUUUUGGUAAUGUGACGACGAUCUUCCAGCAAAUGUAUGCUAAUAGCAACAGAUACCACGAGAUGCUGAACUGUGUCCGAGACUUUCUGAAACUUUAUCAGGUGCCCAAGGGCCUCAGCGAGCGUGUCAUGGACUACAUUGUUUCUACAUGGUCAAUGUCUAAAGGAAUUGACACAGAAAAGGUUCUAGAAAUUUGCCCCAAGGAUAUGCGAGCAGACAUUUGUGUCCACUUAAACCGCAAAGUGUUCAAGGAGCACCCAGCAUUUAGACUGGCAAGUGAUGGCUGUCUCCGAGCUCUGGCAAUAGAGUUUCAAACUAUACAUAGUGCUCCAGGAGAUUUAAUUUACCAUGCAGGCGAAAGCGUGGACAACCUUUGUUUUGUGGUUUCUGGGUCCUUGGAAGUAAUUCAAGAUGACGAAGUUGUUGCAAUCCUAGGGAAAGGGGAUGUCUUUGGAGAUGUUUUCUGGAAGGAAAAUACCCUGGCUCAGUCAUGCGUCAAUGUCAGAGCCCUGACUUAUUGUGACCUUCACGUUAUCAAAAGAGAUGCCUUGCAGAAAGUACUGGAAUUUUAUACAGCCUUUGCAAACUCCUUUUCAAGAAAUCUUAUCCUAACAUAUAAUCUUAGAAAAAGGAUUGUGUUCAGGAAGAUCAGUGACGUGAAGCGUGAAGAAGAAGAAAGAAUGCGGAGAAAGAAUGAGGCUCCAUUAAACCUGCCUCCUGAUCAUCCUGUACGCAGACUUUUCCAGAGGUUUAGACAACAGAAGGAGGCUCGUUUGGCAGCAGAAAGAUUGAAGGACGCUAAUGAUAUAGAGAAAGGCAUUGCACAGUUGGAUGGCCAUGUAACAAAUGCUGCAGCAACAACCAGUGUGGUUACAGUAACUGAAAGUCCAGCAACUCCAGUCCCUUCACAAGUGGUUAGAGCCUCGACAUCAGAGACAUCAGACCAGGAUAAACUGCAGGCUCCAACAUCUGAGCAAUUUGCAGCAGCUAGACAAUCUGGUGAAUCUGGUAAGCGAAAGGGCUGGUCAAAAUUUAAAGAUUCUGCUUCUAAAGCAGAAGACUGGAAUAAAGUAUCAAAGGCAGAAUCGAUGGAGACGUUACCAGAAAGAACUAAAACACACGAAGAGAUGUCUCUGAGAAAAACAGAUUCAUGUGAUAGUGGUAUCACAAAGAGUGAUCUGAGAUUAGACAACGCAGGAGAAACACGGAGCCCUCAGGACCGAAGCCCUGUGCAGACGGAGGCAAAGCACACUUUUUAUCCAAUUCCUGAACAAACCCUUCAAGCAACCAUUUUGGAAGUAAAAUGUGAGCUGAAACAGGACAUCAAGUCCCUGAAUAACAAGAUCACCAACAUUGAAAAACAACUUUCAGAAAUACUGAGGAUAUUGAAUGCAAGAGCCUCAAAUUCGCCACAGGAAAUAUUUGAAAUAUCAAGACCAACAACCCCAGAAUCUGAGAAGGAAGAUGAACAGUUCUAGCUGAAGAGCCUUUAAGUGACAAAAAUCUAACAUGGAAAAAUUCAGGUGUCAUUUGCUAAACAUUAUCUACUUUAGAGAUGAGCUGUCCAGAGUGCUGAAAUGAUGGGACAUGAUCAUGCUCGUUUUCUGAUUUCUGAGAGGGAUGCACAAAUAUAUGUGCACCUCAUUGACAGAAUGACAACUAAAGAACACUCCUUUUGUUUUUACUGAUUUUCUACAUUGCAUAUUUUGAUUAAUUUAAAUGAUAUAAAAAUUAUGAACAACUAUUCUAUAAAAAAAUCUUUGCAUGUGGGCUUCUUAUGACAUUUCAUGGAGAUAAUUGCUGAAAAAAAUUGAUAAUUUAAGAUUCUUUAUUUUGUAGCAUAAUGUCUGCAUAUCUUCUCUAUUUAAUUGGGGUAACCAAAGGAACUUUUAGGAGCUUUUACAGAUCUGUACUGUACUUCUUUUAGACUCAAUAUUUACCUUUUUUUCUAGAUUAUACACAAAACAUAUCACUUCAUUAUGCUCCAUGUAGCUUUUUCUCCCCCCAAAACAUCAAGAUAAGUUUGUUUAUUUAUUAAUUACAGGAAAGUUACAUCUGAAGACCAAUAUUAAUGUUGCUGCUUUGCAGCUUUUUAACUGAAUUUGGACCUGCUUCUUGUUCAUGCUAACCUCUGCUUUGUUAAAGCAAUUCAAAUUUUUAAGAAAAGAUUUUAGGGACAGAAAUUUCAAAGAUAAAAAUUAAUUGCAAUUUUAGAACAUAAAAGGGCUGUCAGUUGUUUAUGUUCCCUUUCCUACUGUAUCCGUCUGCAGGUUCCUCACACCUUAGUUGCGUUUUUUUCUAAAAUUACUCAUUCCCAUUUUAAAGCCACUAAAUUAUGUUGUGCCAUUGUGCUACUUCCAGAGAAAGUGGUGGACAUGGGUACAGUUACAGUGUUUAAAAGACAUUUAGAUAAUAACAUGAAUAAGAAAUGUCUGGGAGGAUAUAGACCCAGUGCAGGCAGUUGGGACCAGUUUAGUUUGGGAUUAUGGCCAGCAUGGACUGGUUGGACUGAUGGGUCUGUUUCCGUGAUGUUUGACUCUAUACAUUCUGCGUUUCCUCCUGUAUCUUGCCCAAAGUGGUUAUUUUUCGUAAGUGACUAUUUACAGUUGGUAUCAAAACUGAGUCCAAUUUAUAUUCACUGAUUUUCCCCAGCGUGCGUGCACGCGCACACACACACACUCUCUCACUCUCUCUCUCUCACACACUCUCUCUCUCUUGCUCACACACACUCUCUCUCUCGCUCGCACACACGCGCGCGCACCCACACUGCAUUGCAGUUCUUGAUCAGGAGUGGAGAUCUUGGAUUAUUUCUUCGUUGUAGUUGUGCUACUACUACUUGAAACACUUAAUUGAUAUCUGAGCUGAAUUCUGAAAAACUUACAUUUGUAGGCCAACUUUUCAUGUCACUAAAUCAGGCUCCUUUCUUUCAAUGACAGACUCAAAUCGCCAUUUUUUUUUCCUUGCUCAUCUACUAAUCUGCUGUUGAGCUAAAAGAGGCAGACUUUUAUUUUCAAUUCAUUCUCAAGAUUUGGACAUCACUGACACGACUAGCUUUUAUCCAACAGUACAAAUGUCAGUACUCAAUGUAUGGAUGCACUUUUCUGGAAUCCAAACUUAAUAUACAGUAAUAAAGGCAGCUGAAAAAUGGCUGCAUGUUUAUAUAUUUAAAAGAUGCCAGAGGAUUUACACAUUUUCUUCACAUCACUCGACAUGAUUCCACUAGUCACACAAGAUAAAAGUGAAAUGGGAUGAAAUUGGUAUGCAUUUUAAUCCACUAUAAACAUGAAUAUAAACAGUAGCUGCUCUGGAGAACUCAUUCAGUAGCAGCAUAAGACGUCUAGUGCAACAUAAUCUGUGCCAAUUUGAUAUAUGCAGACAGAAGAGAGUUAAACAGUUCAAGACCCAACAGAGUAUUCACUGAAUUAACAGCUCAAAGAAAAUAUUUUAAUAGAAAUAACAUUGUAACAUACCUCAACAUAGAGGAAGCUUACUUUAAAAAAAGGAUGGUAACAAUAUAAAUUUGUAGUGGCAGCUUUUCUGAAUGUUAUAAUCAACAAUGUAAAUUUCAGUUUCAGUUUGGGCUUUCACUAAACGGUUUAAUGAUGUAAACAUUUCCACCAUUGCUGUGAUACAAAGUUGUUUGCCCAAAAUAUAAUUCUUUCCAAGGAACCACAUUUAGCAAUAUUGUAUGAGUUGAAUACUGAAACGCUAUUAUUCGGCAGGCUCCAAGAAUUCAGUCUUAAACAAGGAAUGAUGUUUACAUUGCUCAGUUAAAAUGAGUGGUUUAAUUCAUUGUCAUUAACUAGUAACCUAAAUUAUUCUCAAGUCUUUUUCAAAUAUCUACAAUUAUUUCCAUGUAAUUUUUCUACAGUAGCCUUUGUUAAUCAAUCUAGACUGAAUUAGCUGAUGGUACCAUGCAAUAUGUGUGGUCUACAUAAGAGAUACUCAGAAGAAAUGGUUCAAUUUUUUUUGUAAGUUUUACAUCAUUUCUAAUAUGUAUUUUUUUACAAUUCCAUUCA